AUGCUCAUUUUUCCAACACCUCUAUGUCAUUCUACAGAUACCCUUACUUCUCAUGAACGCAAUCUUUUAGAUAAUCCGCCUUAUGCUCUCAGUAUGUCGCUCAACUCUCUUACUAAUCCAGGCCGUAGGCAAAACGAAAACCAAAAUUCGAAGUUUCCCCGGCCCUCCAAUUCUUGGAUUAUUUUUCGCACAAAUUUUGCGAGCAGAUUACGCUCGCAAUACCCUAAUGCUUUAUACAAAGUUCAAGACGUUUCCAGGCUGGCUUCCAUGGAAUGGAAUAGUCUGCCAAUUUUAGUCAAAAAAUACUUUGAUAUCCUUGCUAAAUUGGCUUUACAACGUCACAAAAAAACUUAUUUGGGUUACAUUUACAAACCAAACAGAAUGAAGCAGAACAAAAAAAAGAAUUGGACCUUUAAAGAAGUAAACAGAGCUAAAUUUAUUGAACGUGAAAUUGAUAAUAAUAAUAAGCAAGAAGAGGCCGGGAAGCAGAUGGAUAACUCUACUCAACCAGAUAAACUUCAAACUUUGGAUGAUUAUACUCAAUUAAAUGUCAGCAACCAAUAUGAGCAACUCCAAACUUUAGACAAAUAUACGCUAUUAAGUAACUAUGUCCAACGGAAUGAAUAUGAACACCCUCAAGCGCCUAGCGCAUAUGCUCUAUCAAGUGACUACGUUCAACAGAAUGGACAUGAAAACCAAACGUCUGGCAAAUAUGUUCUACUGGAGAACCUGAACAAAUAUGAACAACUUCCGGCUUUGGAUAUACACUUUCCAUCGAACGAAUUCGUUCGUUUUAUCGAAUAUGCUCAAAGUGAUUACGGUCAUUCGCUUGAACGCGAUCAGCUGAACGGAUGUGAAUACAUUAAUGAAUUCGAUGGAUGUAUUCUAUCGGGUGAACCUUUCCAAUACAACGAAUACGAUCAAAGAAACCGAUGUGCUCUAUCAAAUGAGUAUUAUAAAUUAGUAUAUGUUAAUGAGCAGCAGCACUUAUUGGAUGAGAUUGGUUUGCACAAUGGCGAAUAUGACAUGCACAAUAACGAAUACUACGACAUUUUCAUUUAA